AUGCGCGCUAUUUUUGUUCUAGCAGGGCUAUUCCUGCUGGCCGCAACGGCAGUGGCUAGCAUUCCUCAGAUCGAGAUCAAGGCAAGUAAAUACAAGGGCUCCAAGUUCUUCUACGCAAACAACGGAACACAGUUCUACAUCCGCGGUGUUGCCUAUCAGGAGGACUACAACGCCGGAGGAGCUAACGGAACUGGACAAUCGAGCGACGUACACUAUACAGAUCCCUUGGCCGACGGCUCCAAGUGCGAGCGCGACAUCCCAUAUCUUUUACAGCUACGAACCAACGUAAUCCGCACCUACGCCGUUGAUCCGUCGAAGAAUCACGAUGAUUGCAUGGGCAAGUUGGCGGAUGCAGGCAUCUACGUGAUCGCCGAUCUUGCGUCCCCCGAUGUCUCUAUCGUCUCUGAUCUGCCUGCUUGGACCGUCGACCAUUACAAAAGGUAUACCUCUGUCGUUGAUGCAUUCCAAGGGUAUGAUAAUGUUAUUGGCUUCUUUGCCGGAAAUGAGGUUGUCAACCAUGGGAACCAGACCACGGCGGCGGCCUUUGUGAAAGCCGCAACACGAGACAUGAAAGCGUAUGUCAAGGCCAAGGGAUAUCGUACAUCAUUGUCAUUUGGAUACGCAACCACCGAUUCACCUGUUUUCCGGACAGAGCUCUCGGACUAUCUCAACUGUGGUGAUCAGUCGAGUGCUAUUGACUUCUUCGCCUACAAUAUCUACGAGUGGUGUGGUGACAACACAUUCCAGGCUUCUGGGUACCAAAACCGAACCCAGGAUAUCAAAGACUAUUCUAUUCCUGUAUUCUUCUCCGAGUAUGGAUGCAAUACGGUCAAGCCUCGCAAAUUCAGUGACGUGCCUGUGUUGUUUGGUUCUGACAUGAACGAUGUCUGGAGUGGUGGCAUCAUCUACAUGUACUUCCAGAGCACCAAUGACUAUGGUCUCGUGUCUGUCGACGGGAACUCUGUGAGUACCGAGGACGCUUUCAACUACUACUCCCAGGCGAUCGAGAGCGCGACGCCCACCGGCAUAAACAGCGGCAUUUAUUCUCCCAGCAACUCGCCCCGUCCGUGUCCCACUGUCGAUGACAAGUGGCGGGCUAUAUCAAGCCCCUUGCCCCCUUCCCCAAACCAAGACCUAUGUUCUUGUAUGGUGAGCAGUCUGUCGUGUGUGGUCGCUGACUCUGUCACACCGAAGCAAUAUGGUGACCUGUUUGGCACGGUGUGCGGAAACGACAAGAGCGCCUGUGAUGGCAUCCUGGAUAAUUCAGCCAGUGGAACGUACGGCGCGUUUAGCGUGUGUUCAAGCAAGGACCAGCUUUCAUAUGUCGUUGAUCGCUAUUAUCAGGACCAGAAGAAAGACAAAAAGGCGUGUGAUUUCAGUGGAGCUGCAUCCCUUCAAUCAGCGAAGGGUCCGGCUGGAAAUUGCAAAUCGCUCUUGAGUCAGGCCGGCGUAUCUGGGACAGGACAAGUCACCGGAGGGGGAAUCCCAGCAGCAACUACAUCAAAGGGUGCAGCGGCUUCAACCUAUACCCCACCUGCAAUUAAUUGGGGUCAUUAUGCUGCGGCGAUCUACAUCUGUGUUGCGGCGAUCACUUGGUCGCUGAUGCUUUAUCUUUAA